AUGCACGUAACACGAAGAAGUUGUCGGCUGAUUCAGCAGGUUGUCAAUCACACACAACAUCGAUGUGCUUCUUGUGUCGUGCCUAAGGAAGCCGCCAACUUGAUCAUGAAGGAGCCAGCCGCUUUGGAAGAACGUCCAGCCUACACCGAGAACGUUGGUCUCCGUCCAGUGGUUGGUCCAGAUGGCAGUAUUGACACUUCCACGAUAAAACACCAUCAUCUGACACUGAAUCGACGAGAAGAUCUGAACAAAGCUCAGAGAAUUCUUAUCAAACUGGGAUCGGCCGUCAUCACUCGAGAUGAUGAAUGUGGCUUAGCUUUAGGUCGGUUGGCAUCUAUUGUCGAACAAGUGUCAGAACUACAACAAAGUGGCCGACAGUGCUUGAUCGUAUCUUCUGGAGCAGUUGCUUUCGGACGUCAGAAGCUGAGACAAGAGUUGGUGAUGUCAAUGUCAAUGAGACAAACCUUACGAGGACCAGCUGGACUACAGACUGAUAAGAGAGCGUGCGCUGCCAGUGGAAUGCCAGGUUUGAUGAGUUUGUACGAACAACUCUUCCAACAGUACGGUAUCACAGUAGCUCAAGUGCUGUUGACAAAGCCUGACAUCGACGAUCCUCAGAGGAGAAAGAACCUCCAAGCCACAAUUGAAUCUCUGCUUCAUCUUAACAUUAUCCCCAUCGUGAACGCCAAUGAUGCUGUAGCCCCAGACCCAAAGUCUAACAUGCACAUCAGUGACAACGACUCAUUGGCAGCUCGAUUAUCGGCUGAGAUCGAGGCUGAUCUUAUGAUUAUUCUGUCGAAUGUGAACGGAGUCUACACUGGACCUCCAGGAAUGGAAGGCAGCCGGCUUCUCCACACUUAUUGUCCAGCUGAAGCCAGUAGCGUCGUCUUUGGAGCCAACUCUAAAUUUGGUACAGGUGGAAUGGAAUCUAAAGUUCAGGCUUGUGUGAAGGCUUUGGACCACGGUGUGGCUACUGUAAUCACAAAUGGUUUGGCACACAAUGCCAUUACGUCAGUGGUGCACGGAAAGAAGAUUGGUACCAUGUUCUGUAGCACUAGCAGAUAUCAAGGUCCUCCAAUCGAGGAAGUGGCUUCUAAAAGUAAGUAUCAACUGUAGUUAUCUCUUAAUAUUAGCUUAUUAAGAACUGAAUUUGUUGAUUAAAAGUCAAAAUAUAAAUUUAAUUUUUAGCCAAAGAGUCCGGAAGACUGCUCCAGAAUCUGUCAAACGAUGAGCGUGCUUCUAUAGUCCGUCACAUCGCUGACCUUCUCCUAACGCGAGAAAACGAUAUUAUUGAAGCCAACCGACUCGAUAUUCACAAUGCCAAGUCCCUCGACCUCGAACCCGCUAUGUUGUCCAGACUGAAGUUGAACAAGGCCAAACUUGUCGAUCUCCAUGCUGGCCUUAAUAUGAUAGCUGAUUCUGCCUCGACCCUAAUUGGUCGAGUACUCCGUCGUACCAAGAUAACCGACAACUUACUCUUGGAACAGCAAACAGUACCAAUUGGUACCCUUUUGGUCAUCUUCGAAAGCAGACCAGACUGUCUUCCUCAAGUAGCCGGACUAGCCAUAGCCAGUGGUAACGGAUUACUUCUUAAGGGCGGUCGUGAAGCCAACGAGAGUAACAAGAUGCUACAUUCUCUGUGUCAAGAAGCCUUGGGAGUACAUGGUUACGAACUCAGGGAUUCUGUGACGUUGAUCAAGUCGAGGGAAGACGUAGCUGAGCUGCUUCAACUUCGCGAGUUCAUUGAUCUUGUCAUUCCUCGAGGCUCUUCGGAGAUGGUUCGUCGGAUGCAGGAGCAAAGUCACGGUAUUCCAGUACUGGGACACGCUGAAGGUGUAUGUCAUGUGUAUAUUGAUAAGGAGUGUGACGAGAAGAUGGCUAUGGAGAUCGUCAGAGACUCCAAGUGUGACUACCCGGCUGCCUGUAACGCUGUCGAAACGAUAUUGGUACACAAAGAUCAUGUGAACACUAGGUUCUUUGACCAGCUCUGUGGAAUGUUGAAGCAGGAAGGUGUGGCACUACAUGCCGGACCUAAACUACAAUCUCAACUCAAGUUUGGCCCACCUGCGGCUGAAUCCUUGCAUUACGAGUACGGAAGAUUGGAAUGCACGUUGGAGGUUGGUUACUGUACUUUUAUAAGGACAUAUUGGCUUAACUUAAUUCAAAUUUACUGUACAUUGAGUAGAAGACAUUUCCUUAACUGUUCUUAAGGCUUGUUUAUACUUCUCAUGAUUUCAGAUGGUCGACAGUGUAGAAGAUGCUGUAGCCCACACGAUCCGCUACGGCUCUGGCCAUACCGAAUCCAUCGUGACCAACAACCAAGAGACGGCCGACCACUUCUUGAAGCACUGUGACUCCGCUUGUGUCUUCCACAACUCCUCCACCAGAUUCGCCGAUGGCUACAGAUUUGGAUUGGGAGCUGAAGUAGGCAUCUCGACCGGUCGAAUCCAUGCUCGAGGUCCAGUUGGAGUUGAAGGCCUUCUGACGACGAAGUGGCAAUUGAGAGGAGAUGGUCAUGUUGUGGGACAAUUCAAGCCCGGAGGCCUCUACCACUAUCUCCACGAGAGUCUCGACAUCCAUGGUCCUCGACCUGACAUUGUUCAUGAGCUUCAGAAAAAACUCAGCUCAGCCUGA